CUUCAUUUUCUAACCUAUAAAUACCGAAAUUAUUGCAGAGAAAUGGCAAGGGAACCGGAUGAAGAGUUAAGGAAAGCGUUCUCGCAAUUGCACGAGAAAAUGAUUGAUACCACGCAAAAAUUGAAAUUAGCAGAUUUGCAAAUUGACAAAUUGAAACGAUCUAAACAAUUUGCCGAGCUGACAAUGAAAGAGAUAACCUCUUAUCCUGAGAACACAAAGACGUACGAAUCAGUCGGCAGGAUGUUCCUUUUGGAUGACAUGAAUAGUAUAAAGGCCGGUCUCGAGAAACGAAUGAAAAAUGCUGAUGAGAAAGUGAAGACUUUAGAAAAUAAUAAAACGUAUUUACAACAGAACUUAAAAGAAUGUGAAAACAACAUUAGGGAAAUGAUUCAACAAAGACAGAAUAAAGACACGUCUGGUUAAAAA